UCGAUGAAGCAGGCGGAGGAGAACUCGGCGGCGGCCGCCGGCGCCGCCCAGGAGCCGCCAACGCCGACGCCGACGGUGUGGUACGACCCGAUGUCCCCGACGUCGUCUCCGACGGCGCCACGGCCGCCCGUCAGGGUUUACGCCGACGGCAUCUACGAUCUCUUCCACUUCGGCCAUGCCCGCGCGCUCGAGCAGGCCAAGAAAUCAUUCCCCAACACGUACUUGCUGGUGGGCUGCUGCAGCGACGAGGUGACCAACUGGUACAAAGGCAAGACCGUCAUGACCGAGGAGGAGCGCUACGAAUCGCUUCGCCAUUGCAAAUGGGUGGACGAGGUCAUACCCGAUGCUCCAUGGGUCAUCGACGAGGAGUUCCUCGACAAGCACCGCAUCGACUACGUUGCUCACGACGCUCUCCCGUAUGCAGACGCAAGUGGAGCUGCCAACGAUGUCUAUGAUUUUGUCAAGUCCAUUGGCAAGUUCAAGGAGACGAAGCGCACCGAUGGCAUCUCAACAUCGGACAUCAUCAUGAGGAUUUUGAAGGAUUACAACCAGUACAUCAUGCGGAAUCUGACCCGGGGGUACUCCCGCAAAGACCUUGGUGUGAGCUAUGUCAAGGAGAAGCAAUUGAGAGUGAACAUGGGGAUUAGCAAGCUAAAAGAGAAGGUGAAGGAGCAUCAAGAGAAGAUUCAUAGUGCAGCAAAGAUUGCUGGAAGCAAUCCUGUGGAAUGGAUGGAGAAUGCCGACCGUUGUAUCGUUGGGUUUCUUGAAAAGUUUGAGGAAGGUUGCCACAUGAUGGAAACUGCAAUUAAAGAUCGAAUUCAGGAGGGGCUGAAGAGGAGAUCCAAAUCAGAGUCGGAGCUGAACCUUUCUGGAUCGGACUCGGACUCAUAAAGAUGUUUGUGGGAAUCAGAUUCCUGCAGUAAAUGUAUAGUAUUAGAUUAGCAUGUUGUUAUAGCCUUGUAAGACAUCAAACUGCAACGGUGGUUUAUAAUAGGAGGUUAUGUACCAUUGAGAACAAUAAUUUUUUGCGGUGACCGAUCAGUCUCUGUUUCUUAAAGAUUGCUCAUUUGCAUUUUGCCUCCUAAAUGACAUUAU